CUAAUUAUCUAUAUUCUUAUACUUAAAGAUAAAGAAUAUAGCAAAUUGGUUUAGCUUUCAAUGGCUAAAAUGAUGGUUCAAAUUUUGGUGCCAAUCUUGCUUGUGUUUGUGCUAGUGUUAGAGGUCGGGGCUACUCCUCCAGGAAUUGCUAAAGAUCAUAAGCAAGGCUAUGCAACUUGCAAGAUAAAGAAGUACAAACAUUGCUAUAAUUUGGUGCAUGUGUGUCCAAAGUUUUGUCCUAAUGAAUGUACUGUGGAGUGUGCUUCUUGCAAACCUAUUUGUGUUGGUGGGACAAACCCUUCACCUGAUUAUCCUACCCCUUCUACACCUCAAAAUCCAUCACACUCACCUGAUUACCCUACCCCCUCACACGCGACUCCUACUCCUUCUACACCACAUAACUCACCCUCAUCUUCUUCUUCUGCUUCCUCAUCCUCUUCCUCGUCUUCUUCUUCUUCAUCACAUACAAGCCCUUCUACACCAAAGAAUCCACCACCUUCAUCGUCUAGUACACCAUCUUCUUCCUCGUCCUCUUCAUCAUCGUCAUCAUCUUCAGCAUCAUCAUCUUCUUCCUCAUCAUCACCGAAAAGUCCUUCUACACCAAAAAACCAACCACCUCCAUCCUCUACACCGUCUUCUUCUUCAUCUAAUUCCUCUUCCUCUUCAUCGUCUUCAUCUUCUGCUUCUUCUUCCUCUUCCUCUUCAUCUCCUCAAGGCCCUUCUACACCACAAAGCCCACCAACUUCAUCAUCUACACCAUCUUCUUCUUCCUCUUCAUCUUCUUCUGCUUCUUCUUCCUCUUCCUCUUCCUCUUCCGCUACUUCCAAUUCAUCACCCGGUAGCCCUUCAACACCAAACCCACCAUCUUCAUCCUCUACACCUUCCUCUUCAUCUUCCUCCACUUCCUCCUCCUCCUCCUCGUCUUCAUCAUCAUCGCCUCAUAGCCCUUCUACACCCCAGAAUCCUCCAAAAACAUCUCCUUCAUCUUCAACUCCUUCAGGAAAAGGCGAUUCUUCCUCACACAAAACGGCUAGAUGUUGGAACAAAAACUAUCCCAAAUGUUACAAUAUGGAACAUGUUUGUCCUAAUGCCUGUCCCGGCAGCUGUGAGGUUGAUUGCAACACAUGUAAACCAGUUUGCAAGUGUGACAAACCAGGAGCUGUUUGUCAAGACCCUCGAUUCAUUGGUGGUGAUGGAAUCACUUUUUACUUCCAUGGCAAGAAAAACAACAACUUCUGCCUUGUAUCUGAUGCCAACCUCCACAUAAACGGUCACUUCAUAGGUAGAAGGAACCAUAACAUGAAGAGAGACUUCACAUGGGUCCAAUCCAUAGCUAUUCUCUUUGACAAUCACCAACUCUUCCUUGGUGCAAAGAAAACAGCCACAUGGGAUGACUCUGUGGACCGCCUUGCUCUCUCCUUUAAUGGCGAACCCAUUACCCUUGACGAAUCAGAAGGUACGAAAUGGGAAUCGUCCGAUGUGUCCAUUGUUAGGGAAUCCUCCACAAACAACAUCAUUGUAGAAGUUGAAGGAAAAUUUAGAAUUACAGCCAAGGUUGUCCCUAUAACCGAAGAAGACUUGAGGAUUCAUAAUUAUGGUAUCACCAAAGAUGAUUGUUUUGCUCACCUUGAUUUAGGCUUCAAAUUCUUUUCUUUGAGCAAUGAAGUGAGUGGUGUGUUGGGUCAAACCUAUAAACCUGAUUAUGUGAGCCGUUUGAACAUUGGAGCAAAAAUGCCUAUAAUGGGAGGUGGAAAAGAGUAUGAAACAUCAAGCUUGUUCUCCUCAGAUUGUUCUGUAGCACGUUUCGUCGGCAAUAACAAAUUCGACGAUGAUAUUCUAAUGGUAGAGGAUUUAGCUCUCCCUAGCUUGAGUUGCACAAGUGGAAUUGAUGGAGAAGGAGUUGUUUGCCGGAGAUGAUUAACUGAGGACACAAGUUCAACAUGCAUGUGAAGUGAUACUUCAUUGGAGUUUUUUUUUUUUUUUCUUUCUAUUUUUAUUAAUAAUAAUAAAAUAUCCAAUCAUCAAAUAACUUGGAUGAUUUUGUGGUUUAAACAGUAAAAAAUAAUGUAUUCAUGUGCUUUAUGUGAAAUAAAUAUAUAAUGAA